AUGACCGAGCUUAUCUCCCAGUAUGAAAACGACAUUGCCAGGAUCGAGGCCUGGUGGGCCUCUGAUCGGCAAAAACAUUUGCAAAGACCGUAUUCCAGUGCAAAGGUGGCUUCCAUGAGAAACACCAUUCCAUUGGAGUAUCCAUCGUCGAUUCAGGGUAACAAGCUAUGGAAACUGUUAAACAAGCACAGAGAGGAACAAACACCGAUCAUGACGUUUGGAUGCGUUGACCCGGGAACGGCCUCGCAGAUGUCGCGUGCUGGAAUGGAGCUGGUUUAUGUUUCUGGAGGAGUUUCUGGACUGCAAAUAGCUCCAGAAAUUGGCCGUGAUCACGCUGAUUAUCCUAGUGACACCGUCCCGAGAGUUGUCUCACACCUGUUCAAGUCCCAGUGUUUCCAUGACAGAAGACAGAAGUCGUACUUUCUGGGGCUUUCCAAAGAAGAGCAGCAGAAGUUCCAGAUCAACGACUAUCUGCUGCCAAUGGUUGCAGACGGCGAUAUGGGUUUUGGAAGCGUCACUGCGAUCAUGAAGGAGACCAAGAUGUUUGUGGAGGCGGGCACUGCCAUGGUUCAUUUUGAUGACCUGGCCAUUGGACUCAAGAAGUUCACCGAGAAGGUUGGAAGAACCGUUGUUCCGUUCUCCGAGUACUUGCGUAGACUUACUGCUGCUCGUUUCCAGAUGGACGUUAUGGGUUCCGAGAUGUUGUUGAUGUCGCGGAUCGACAGCUACCAUGCCGAGUUCAUCACGUCUGUGGUGGACUACCGUGACCACAAGUACGUCAAGGGAGCCACCAACCUGGAGGUUGGCACGUUGAUCCAUGCGGUGAACAAGGCCAUUGAGGCUGGGGAGGAUGUUCAAGAAGCACGUUUCAAAUGGCUCGCCGAGGCCAAAGUGAUGACCUUCCCAGAGGCAGUCCAGGCGGCUGCAACCGAACAGGAGUACCAGGAGUUUUCCAAAUUGAUGCAGGCCAAACAGUUCCCAAGCCUUGCGGAAAUGAAAAGCUAUGCCUCGAAAACGGUAGCAGCGCCGGUCAAUUUCGACUGGGAGAUCUCGCGCAGCAGCGUCGGACAGUACCUGUACAAAUCGUGUCCCCAGAACGUGAUUGAAAGAGCCAUUGCCGCCAUGCCUCUCACAGACACCACGUGGGCCCGUAUGGACACUCCGAUCUGGAAAGACAUUGUGGAGAUCCACACUGCUCUGCGGGAAGUGGAUCCAGCCAGAUGUUUUGGAUUUGGCUUUACCGGAGCAUUCAACUAUGCUGGAGCCGGAUACUCCGAGAAGGACGUUGCUGAGCUGCCGCACAACCUGGCCAAACUCGGCAUUGUGUUCCAAACACAACCGAUCUUUGCGUUGCAGGGAACAAACAUGUUUGUUUAUAAGUUUGCCAAGAUGUUCAAGGAGGAGGGAAUGGCUGGCUAUUUGCGAGACAUCCAAGGACCCUCCCUAAGUGAGAAGCACGACCACGGCGGAACUGCUUGGGGAGGCAAUUAUUUGGCCGAUCAGUAUCUCAACAUUGCAAACGCGAUGGAUCUAAGUAUGAACCUCUGA